AUGCAAUCAACUCAGCAGAGCUCGCAGAGUUUCGAACUUUCCUACUCUAUGAGCAGUAAGCUCGAAGAGUUGAUUGAUGUUCCCAUUUACAAAAAGAUGAUUGAUUCAUUUAUCAGUCUUUUAACGUAUUUAGAUAAUUAUGCACCAAAAAUCCCUGUUCUCUACCAGAUCAUUACAAUUAUCCGUGCUACACAGCUUAUUGGUACUGCCCUCAUGGCUUCCAACAUUGACUUUUGGGAUAUGUCUACAAUAACAGGUAAAGUUAUGGGUAUCAUUUCAAUUCCAUUCCAUAUUGUUCCUACCCAAUACAGAAUUGAUAACGAAUGGAUUAUUUUGUAUGUUUAUGAUGCUAUAGCUUACUUCUUUGCCAUAUUUUGCUUUUCAGUAUCUUACAUCUACAAAACGACAACACGUAUUGACAAGACUUCCACAUAUAUUGUAAGCUUUUGGAUGUCAAUUGGUCCGUAUUAUACAGCUCCCAUUGGUGUUCAGUAUAUUGGUCAACUCAUUUCAGCGUGGAUCAACGGAAGGCAGAAGAUCGAUGUAAAGUCAGGUAUUGCUCUUGUUCUUGGUAUUUGCGCCGUGUUACUUUGGUCCCUUAUCAUGAUAAACAUCUACUCAACAACCCUUAACUUCAGACCAACAUCUUUCCUCGCAAUCGAAGGCAAGCCACAAAACCUCCUUUUUGUUGAUAUUCUUUUGGUUACUCUUUUCACAUCAUUAACAAGUUAUAUCUCCUCGACUCCAACAAUUAUACUUAUGGCAUUAGCAGCAAUUGUUUAUGCAUUCAAUUGCACUACAUGCUUCAACUGUGGUACUUAUGUUAGUGAAAUCAACCAAAUCCUCUGCUUAGGUGGUUCUUUCUUUGGCGUUAUCAUCCUUGGUGUUUCACUUUACUCCGUCAUCGUCAAUUUCCGCUGGAGCGAAUACAUUUUCAUCGUAUACAUCGGUUGUGGUAUCAUUUGCUUCGUUGCUGCCUUCUACAUCAUCAAGUUCAAGGCUCGUAAGAACCUUGCCGCUCUCGAUACAUUCCAGGAUUCAAACGACAUCGCAGCUUUCCAUUCUCCAGGAAGAUUCAAAGGCUGCCUUACAACAGGCUUCACAUACUGCCAUCCAGUAUGCCUUAACUACUCAGUUUUCAAGGCUGCAGUUGACGAAUGGCCAGAAAACUUGUCAAUUUGGGGUUCAUACGCUAAAUUUGCGGCCAUCUACUCCGAAAACAACCAAACCCUACUUCUCAUUGGCCAAAACGUCGUUAAGAUCAAAGCCAGAAGCAACAUGAAAGAUACAAUUUUAUCCAACAUUGCUUCCAUCAUUAAGAUGCGUGAAACGAACCUUUCUCCCAACCUCAAGAGUGGCAUUUCAAAUGUUACAAAGGUUACUCAAAAGGCAAAGAACAGAUUAAGAAAUAUCUGGGAUCUCGUACUUCAAGGCAAAGUUGCUGAAAUGGGUAACGCCAUUUCUGAAGCCAUGGACAGAGUUGAAGAGACAGAGACAGAACUCAAGCACUUAGUUCUUGUAUAUCCAAACAACAGAUUCGUUGCUAGACAAUACGCCAGAUUCCAGCACGAAAUCAAAGCAGAUACAGAACAGUACACGAUAUGGAACGACAAUGUCCAGAUUCUUCAACGUGGUGGCUAA